AUGGAGAUUCUCGACGAGAAGCAGAGGCUAGCCAACCAAAACGGCCAGGCACAGGAAACUUCCGCCGUGGUGGAUCGUGACGAUGGUGCUGAUGCUCUGGUUACCGACGGCUUCUUGGUGCCAAACCUCGACAGCCCCAAUAAUGCAGAACCUCCCGCAUACGGCGAGCAACACGACCAUGUCCAAUUUUCGCAACCCGGCUUUGAUGCUGGAGCUGAAAUCACAGACGACGGCAGAAUUAAUAUCAACCUUCAUACCAAAAAUCGAAGGCUUGCCGACCUGCUUGCCCCGACAAUCGAUAGCCAAAUCUCGGUAGAACCUCAAGCGGAACCUGCUUUGCCACCAGCAUAUAUCCCACCUGGCCUUGGAGCUGCACCUGGCCAACCACCCCCACCUAGUCUCAACAUUGUAAUUCAAAUCGUCGGUUCUCGAGGAGAUGUUCAGCCUUUUGUGGCCUUGGGCAAAGUGCUUAAAGAAUCAUACGGCCAUAGAGUGAGGAUAGCAACCCACCCCACGUUCCAGUCCUUCGUCGAGGACAAUGGCCUUCAGUUUUUCAAUAUUGGAGGUGAUCCUGCCGAACUCAUGGCUUUCAUGGUGAAGUAUCCUGGAUUGAUGCCCGGCAUUGACGCUCUCAAGAGCGGAGAAGUUAGUAGACGGCGUCGAGGCAUACAGGAAAUGCUGCUGGGGUGCUGGCGGUCUUGUAUCGAGGCAGGCAAUGGUCUGGGACCGCCUCCAAAACCCCACAGGAUCAAUGAACCGCUGGACCUGGCUGCUGGGAUGCCAGGAGAGGAGAAUGACCAGCCGUUCGUCGCCGAUGCUAUCAUUGCAAACCCUCCUAGUUUCGCUCAUGUUCAUGUUGCCGAAAAGCUUGGCAUCCCUGUUCACAUGAUGUUUACUAUGCCGUGGUCACCGACAAGGGCUUUUCCACAUCCCCUGGCAAAUAUUCAAUCCUCCAAUGCGGACGACGUGAUGACCAACUACAUGACAUAUACCUUGGUAGAGAUGAUGACGUGGCAAGGACUAGGCGAUGUGAUUAACCGCUUUAGAGAAAAGGCACUGGACUUGCCAUCUUUGUCGUUCAUAUGGGCUCCCGGCUUACUAAACCGCUUGAAGGUUCCUUAUACCUAUUGCUGGUCUCCUGCUUUGAUACCGAAACCCAACGAUUGGGGCAGGCACAUCGACAUAUCUGGCUUCUACUUUUUGAAUUUAGCGUCAUCUUAUACUCCCGACCCAGAUUUGGCGGCAUUUUUGGAAGCUGGGCCGCCGCCAGUGUACAUUGGAUUUGGAUCCAUUGUUGUCGAUGACCCCAAUGCCAUGACUCGAAUGAUAUUUGAUGCUGUUCACCUUGCCGGUAUCCGAGCAUUAGUGUCCAAGGGCUGGGGGGGUUUAGGUGCCGAUGAUGUUGGUAUUCCUGAAGGAGUUUUCAUGCUGGGCAAUGUCCCCCACGACUGGCUGUUUGAACACGUUUCAGCGGUUGUCCACCAUGGAGGAGCUGGAACAACCGCGGCUGGAAUAAAGGCAGGAAAGCCCACGAUUGUGGUGCCCUUUUUCGGAGACCAGCCAUUUUGGGGAGCCAUGAUUGCGAGAGCCAAGGCCGGCCCCGAACCAGUUCGCUACAAAGAUCUCACCGCGGAAAAGCUGGCCGAAUCAAUCAAGUUCUGUCUAGAGGCAGGUACGCAGGAGAGGGCCAAGGAGCUUGGCCACAAAAUCCGUGAGGAGACUGGGACAGAUGUUGGUGCAAGGAGCUUUCAUAGGCACCUCGACAUCGAUUCAAUGCGAUGCUCCGUAGCACCCAGCCGAACAGCAGCUUGGCGAGUCAGAAGGACCAAGGUGCGUCUGUCGCCACUAGCGGCGUCAGUAUUGAUAGACGCUGGUCUUCUCGAAUACAAAGAUUUAAAGUUACACCGAUCUGUUGAGUACAACACGGAAGAUCAACCGCCAGAUCCUGUUUCGGCGGGAGCAGCUUCACUCAUCGGGGAUAUUAGUGGAAUUGGAAUGGCUAUUGCAGAUGUACCUCGCGAACUGUUCAAAUCCCGGCGGCCCAAGGAUGGUGGACAAGGUUCGGAGUCAUCGACUCUUUUAGGAUCUUCCAGCAAAGUCGGAACAACCGAGACGACCUCGCAGACCGAAUCCAACACUGAUGUAUCCAGCUUGAUUUCUCGUGAAAGGGAAGGCGCUGAAGCAUCAAGAGUUACAACCGCAGAUUCAGAUCGCUCCCUUGCCGAUCUUUCUACCACCGUUACUUCACCGUCGCGAUCCCUGCUGGAGCCGGGAUCUGUAUCGAGGUGCGGACCAGAUACAGAUGGUGCAAGUUCCAGAACACCCUCCAGAACCCGAUCUAGGACUCGAGCCUCUAGCGAUCAACUGAGACAAGCCUUUUCUCGUCGCGAUUCGUCGCCCCUUGGAGUGAGCCUGGAUGCGACUGUCGGAGCUGGCCGAAGCGUUGGGCGUGCCGUGUCGACUGGAGUGAAGAGCCCAAUGAACUUCUGUUUGGGGCUGGCCAAGGGAUUUAGGAAUAUUCCCAGGCUCUACAAUGACGAUACUGUCCGACCCAUAGAGAAAGUCACCGAUCUUAACAGCGGCAUCAGAAUUGCUGGAAAAGAGCUAGGAUAUGGGUUCUUCGAUGGGAUUGCAGGACUGGUCACACAACCAAUGAGAGGUGCUGAAAAGGAAGGGCCUGGGGGGUUCGUCAAAGGCAUUGGAAAGGGUAUUGGUGGGCUCAUUGCAAAGCCGGCUGCAGGUAUAUGGGGUGUUCCAGCUUACAUGAUGCAAGGCGUUCAUGCUGAAGUAAAUAAGAUGUUCACAAGGAGUGUGCAAAACUACAUCAUUACUUCUAGGGUUGUCCAAGGAACGCAGGAUCUAACUGGGGCCACUGAGGAAGAAAAGGUUGAUAUCAUUAUGCGCUGGAACAACUUGAAAUGGGACUUGAAGAAUCACUUCAUGUUGAAGAGGAAGGAGAAGGCAGCCGAGACGGCACCGGCAGUGCCAGAACAACUCUCUCGAGAAGAAUCACCCUUCUCUCGACCAAAGACUAGCUGGUUCCACACUCGUAAUAUGUCCACGGAAGAAAGGAGGAAAAUCCAGGCGCAGAAGCGAGGAUUCAUCGACGCACCGCUGCCUACCUCAAGCAGCUCUUCUAGCGCCCGUCAGAGCUUAUCUGACGACGCUGAAUUCGAACAAGCGAUCCAAGCAUCAGUUCGCGAAACCUCCAAAGGCAACGCCGAGGAAGAUGCAAUGGUUGAGGCUGCUAUUCGCGAAAGUAUCAAGGCUAUGCGGGCACGAGGGGCACUAUUGGAGACGCUGCCAGAGGCUGUAGAAGAUAUUCCAGAGAAGGAUCCCAGCAUAUUUGACGACCAAGACUAUCAAAUUACGGAUGAAGAAUACCAGUCUCUUGUUGAAAAGGCUAUUCAGCAGAGCCUGGCGAGCCACAUGGAGGAUUUGUACUGGCCACAGGAAUCGGGCAUAUCCGAACUGGAGGGCUUCACCACUGAGAGACAUGCCCCCCAGGGCGUUGAUCAGACACAGGACGAGGAAAACGAUGAAGAGUUUCGACGAGCCAUAGAAGAGUCCAAACAUGUAUCGACGCCUCCGGUAGCGGAUGAUGAGGAGGAGCUUCAGCGAGCUAUUGAAGCAUCGAAACAAGAAAUGGACCGCGAACAUAGCCAGCGUACCGAAGAGGAUAUUGUCAUGGAGUACGUCAAGAAGCAAAGCCUGGCUGAAGAAGAGUUUCGCCGUCAGGUGAAUAAAGGCAAAGGAAAAGCGGCAGCGGAAGACGAUGAUGCAGAGGAUGAGGAGCUGAAGCGAGCUUUGGAAGAGAGUUUGAAAUUGCACAAAGGGGAUAGUGCCGGCCCUUCAGGUUCAGGUUCAGGUUCAGGCUCGGCUUCAGGAUCUGGAUCUGGAUCUGGAUCUGGCUCGAAACGCAAUGCAUAUGAGGAAACGGGAAAUGGAAAGUAG